CAAAACCACCCUCCACUCCCACGCACACGACCGAUAAGUCGAGAACCAUGUCAUCUGUUGCGGCGGGUCUCUUCAAAUCACUUCCCAAGCCUAAGUAUACAGGCGAAGAUGAAGAGGUGCCUGCCCACGCCCAGCCACGCGGGCCUCGCGUGGUUGGGCCUGGCUCUCUUGACGAGUCGCAGAUUAUCCUAAAGAAAUCUGGGCCCCCUCCGUAUGGCAACCGAGCGGGAUGGCGACCUCGUGGGCCCGAAGACUUCGGCGACGGAGGCGCGUUUCCAGAGAUUCUCGUCGCGCAGUACCCCCUAGACAUGGGCCGCAAGGGCGCUCAGUCGACAUCCAAUGCGCUUGCCGUUCAAGUUGACUCUGAGGGGAAAGUGAAGUACGAUGCGAUUGCUCGACGCGGACAUAGCGACAAUCACAUUGUUCAUGCCUCGUUCAAAGACCUCAUCCCGCUGCGACAGCGGGUCGAUAUGGGCGAGCUCUCACUCGACCGGCCAUCUGGGGAGGAAGUUGCCGCUCAGAUGGAAAAGACAAAGGAGGCGCUGGAAAAACUGGUUACUGGAGCCGUGGCUGCUCAGAAACCCAAAAAUGUUCGAGGCGGCCAGCGAUCGGAUCCUACAUUUGUGCGCUACACGCCAGCAAAUCAAAUGGGAGAUACUAGCAAGAAGAAUGAUCGUAUCAUUAAGAUUAUGGAGCGACAGCAGGAUCCUAUGGAACCGCCUAAAUUCAAACACAAGAAGAUUCCGCGUGGACCCCCGUCACCACCGCCGCCGGUGAUGCACUCUCCGCCACGGAAGUUGACUGCCGAAGAUCAAGAAGCUUGGAAGAUCCCACCGCCUGUUUCCAACUGGAAGAAUCCCAAGGGUUACACUGUUCCGCUGGACAAGCGUUUAGCAGCAGAUGGGCGAGGUUUACAGGAUGUCACAAUCAACGACAAGUUUGCACAGUUCGCCGAGGCCCUAUUCACCGCCGACCGACAUGCCCGAGAGGAAGUGCGACAGCGAGCACAGAUGCAGCAGAAGCUGGCCGAGAAGGAGAAGGCUCAAAAGGAAGAUCAUCUACGACAGCUGGCACAAAAGGCUCGCGAACAGCGGUCCGUGGCGAGCUCCAGCCGUGCUCGGUCCGUCAGCGGAAGUCGCAGUCCGUCGCCUAAAACAUCGCGAUCAGUUACGCCCAGUGACGACGAGGAGAAGGCCGUGCGAGAUCGUGAAGAUGCUCGCCGUGAGCGCAGACAGGAAGCUGAGCGGCAGCUGCGGCAGUCGCGCAUGGGCACGGAGCGACGCAUUCAGAUGAUGGCACGAGAGCAGAACCGAGACAUUUCUGAAAAGGUCGCUUUGGGCUUGGCAAAACCUACGCAAAGCAACGAGUCGAUGUACGACUCGCGAUUGUUUAAUCAGAGUGGCGGAAUGGCUACGGGCUUUAAUGAAGACAAUCCUUACGACAAGCCGCUGUUUGCCGCGCAGGACGCGAUAAGCAGUAUAUAUCGGCCGCGCGCACAAGGUGACGAUGAAGACACAGAGGAGGCCGCAGCUGGCGAAAUGAGCCGGAUCCAGAAGACUGGUCGGUUUGAAGUUCUUGGUCGAGCCAAGGAAGGGUUUCGAGGGGCCGCCGAUGCAGAGGUAAGAUACUCUUACGGGAAUCUGUUAGGGUAUCACUAUUGUCACUCUACUAAUUUACUUUCCAGGAUCGUGACGGCCCUGUGGAGUUUGAAAAAGAUACGGCGGAUCCAUUUGGAAUCGACAGUAUGAUUGCCGAUGUUACUAGCGGACCAUCAGGCGCCGGCCAGAAGCGAUAUGGCAUUCAGGAAGGCGACCAAGAGGCAGGGCGGGGAUCUAAACGUGCGAGAGUUGACGAUGAGGAUUAGCCAUGCAUAUACGUACUGUCUUACUGAAAAUUUGCCCCCUUGCAUUGCUGGCGUUCACCCGUUGCCUUUGUGUUCUUGUAGGAUAGGUAGAACAAAUAGUCACUUACUCCAAAAGUUCAAUCCUUCCCAAGACAAUUCUAUUUCAAACAGCUGGAAUGCUCUGCCGUAUCGAAUGACUCGAGGGGUCAUAGCCAUCGACAUUCCACCUACAGCAGGUUAUUCAGACGAGAAAGGCCUGAGCGCUCUAUCUAUAAGCACGACUG